CACGUUUGCUUCCGGUACCUGUCAGAUGCCUGAACUUCAGGCACAUAAGUGUUGGGAAUGCAGCCGCCUCUCCCCACAGCUGCGGUCAGAGAGCUGGUUUGCUCCUGUCUGCAUCGAGACCCAGUAGCGGCGGACCUGCGCUGCAGUCUCUUCGUGGCCGCCGUCCAGAGCUACAAACGCGACUCGGCGCUCAGACCUUUCCCUCCUCGCUACCUUCGAGGAGAGAUCAAGGACUUUGAAGAUCUGCAAAAAGAUGUGGAUACUUUACCAAACGUGAGGGAUCUGGUGCGUCUUGGACAUGGUGAUGGAGAUCAUCAUCUGGCUCUCGUGCACUGGGUUCUGUCCUCUAAGAGUUUUGCUGUGAAGACCCUGCAGAAAGAGGAGUUUGCCAGACUCAGCCAGCUUACCCAAAGCGAGGGUAUUUCAGCUCCAGCCCCAGACUUCCUCUUCGAACUGCAGUACUGUGAUUUGCUCAACUCCAAGUUUGAGAGGACGCGGGCUGGACGAGAUCUCAUCUAUGCAUUCCACGGCAGCAGACUGGAGAACUUCCACUCCAUCAUACACAACGGAUUACACUGUCACCUGAACAAGACCUCACUGUUUGGGGAGGGUACAUACCUGACCAGUGACCUCAGCAUGGCCAUCCUUUACAGUCCUCAUGGGAACGGGUGGAGGGAAAGCGUCCUCGGGCCUCUGAUCAGCUGCGUCGCCUUGUGUGAAAUCAUCGAUCAUCCUGAUGUGAAGUGUCAGGUCAAGAAGAAAGACUCCGAGAGCAUUGACCGCCAGCGUCUGAGGGCCAGGAACAGUGAAGGUGGCGAGGUGCCCGAGAAGUACUUUGUGGUGACCAACAACGAGCUUUUGAGAGUGAAAUACCUGAUGGUGUAUUCUCAGAGACGCUACAGAUCACGACAUGCUCAAGGGAGGUCGUGGCUCGUCAGACAUCAUUUUGCCAUCAUGAUGGGCCUCUAUAUCCUGCUCCUCGUAUUCAUCGGUGCCUUCAACUCGUCCGCUUUUCAGUCCUACUGGCACAGAAUGUUCCGGUAACCCAGACUGCUCACAUCACAUAAACGCUCUCGUCCAAAGUGCCUUUUACUCACAAAAGACUAUCAUGAAAGAGGGGGGAAAGACUCAGGAACUAUUUUAUCCGCUCAACACGACAUUCCUCCACGUAUCACUUGAUUUUUACACGCUAUCCUUCAUUUUCUUUACUUUACGUAGAUUUCCAUAAACACUGUGCAUCUGUCAGAAGUAAACCUGCAGAAUGAGCACUAAUGUUAGCCACCGGGAAUGUUACAUGUUAGCAUGUAGCCUGUUUUAACUUUUUGAAAGGAUUCGCUACACUAGUUACAACCAAAUGAUCAAGACGCUUAUAUUAAUGAAAAUAAUCAUGUAGGGAGAUCUGUGUGCUUUUUUUAUAAUAGUUUUGAGGCAAAUAUAUAAGUUUUCAUGAUGCUAGGCUAUUGUACUGUCUCGAUCAAAUCAACUAUGCAGAAAACCCAUGUUAUGUUGGUCAGUAUCAUUAAAACUGUAAUGAAAAUUAGUCUUGAUAUUGCAUAAAUGUCUUCAACUUGAAUAAUUCAGAGGAUCUGAACUGUGAAAUGAUUUAAAUUAAAUAGUGCAACGGGAUUACAGUGUGUUUCGUAAGGGACGGAGUGAAAUGCAUUAGUAAACUGGCUGUUGUUGUAGUUUAUGGCUCUUGGCACACACGUUUUGUCUGGCUUGUUUUUAUCAGUCAAAAACAAAUGCAGUAAAAUUUGAGCGAUAACAAAAGCGGCAUGUUUUUCAUCUUGAGGAGCGGAGACUCAUUUGUACGGAAGCCCUGAACCGCAACGUAAAAAAAAAAAAAUCAUUAGCACCUGUAGAAUUUCUUUUUGUUUGAUAAAUGUAAAAAGCUACUAUUUAGAUCCAUUUCAUAGCAGUACGACUUCACGAGCGCAUUUCUUUACAAAAAAAUAAACGAAGAAGAACUUCUAUGUAAGACUAUUCUCAGAAUUUUUACUUUUUUCGAAAUAUUAUGACUUUAUUCUCGAAAUAUUUUGGCUAUAAUCUCGAAAUAUUUCAGAUAUAAUGUUGAAAUAUUUCGGCUGUGAUCUCGAAAUAUUUUGGCUAUGAUCUCGAAAUAUUUCGUCAAUAAUUUUUUAAAUAUUUCGGCUAUAAUCUCAAAAUAUUCCGGUUAUAAUCUCAAAAUAUUUCGGCAAUAAUUUCGAAAAUAUUUCGGCUAUGCUCUUGAAAUAUUUCGGCUAUAAUCUUGAAAUAUUUUGGCUAUAAUCUCUAAAUAUUUCGGCUAUAAUCUCUAAAUAUUUUGGCUUUAAUCUCGAGGCUAUAAUCUCGAAAUAUUUUGGCUAUAAUCUCUAAAUAUUUCGACUUUAAUCUAAAAAUAUUUCUGCUUUAAUCUCAAAAUAUUUCCACUUUAAUCUCAAAAUAUUUCCGCUUUAAUCUCGAAAUGCUAGAUUUAUUAUAUUUUUUUACUUUGUGGUUCAGGGCGUCCGUACAUUUGUGUGCACCGGAAUUUUUAUUACAUUUUUUUUAAAGUGGUACUUACUUUCUCUUGCAUAAAAUUAGUUAAAUGUAUAUAUUUAAAUUACUGUUGAUAUCAUAAAAUACUGUUUAUUCAUUAAAAUACAUACUUAUGUCA